AUUGCUUUAAUAAUAAUACUCCUGCAGCACAGCAAUGAGCAGAUUUGGUGGUAGAAGUGGUGGUAGAAGUGGAGGCAGGAGUGGAGGAAGAUCCGGUGGAGGCGGUGGUGGUGGACGCUUUGGUGGAGGCGGCGGUGGUUAUGGAGGCGGCGGUGGUGGCCGUUAUGGUGGUGGUGGUGACUUUGGAGGGGGCAAGUCAAAGACUAACAUUCCUAAUGAUCUAAAGGCUAUAGAUUGGCUCAGUUACAACCUGAUUCCUUUCCAGAAGAACUUCUACAACGAGCACCCCGCUGUUUCCAGCAGAUCUCCUGCAGAAAUAGAAAAUUACAGACGACAAAAUCAGAUCACAGUCCCACCCAAGUGCAUCAACCCCAUUAUUAAUUUCAGUGAAGCUGGCUUUAACCAAGCUAUAAUGAGUCUUAUUAACAAGCUAGGAUUUAAAGCCCCAACCCCGAUCCAGGGCCAGGGAUGGCCCAUCGCUCUCUCUGGUCAAGAUUUGAUCGGUAUUGCCAGAACAGGAUCUGGGAAAACGUUAGCCUUCGCUCUACCAGCUAUAAUUCACAUAGCCGCACAACCUGCGCUCAAUCCUGGAGAAGGACCAAUAGCUCUGGUGCUGUGUCCCACCAGAGAGUUAGCACAGCAAGUGAUGGCAGUUUGUGAAGAGUUCGGUAACUUAGCUAAUCUUAAAACUGCCUGCUUGUACGGUGGAGCCCCAAAAUCCCAACAAAUCAGAGACCUGCAGUCAGGAGCUGAUCUUGUUGUGGCUACUCCCGGCCGACUCAUAGACCUGCUAAACAUGGGCAAGACAAACCUUCAGAGAUGUACCUACCUGGUGAUGGACGAGGCAGAUAGAAUGUUGGACAUGGGCUUCGAGCCUCAGAUCAGAACCAUCUUGUCUCAAGUCAGACCUGACAGACAGACUCUAUUGUGGAGUGCUACAUGGCCUAAAGACGUACAGAUUCUCGCUAGAGACUUCCAGACUAACCCUUCCCAGAUUUACAUUGGAUCCCAGAAGUUAUCAGCAAACCGAAACAUCCUCCAAAUAGUCGACGUUCUUCAAGAUUGGGAGAAAUUCGACCGAUUGUAUCAGCUCUUAAACGAGAUUCACUCUCAAACAGAUAACAAAACUCUCAUUUUCACCGGAACUAAAAAGAUGGCUAACGAAAUCUCAGGGACCCUGCGAAGACAAGGGUGGUCUGCUGGAGCUAUCCAUGGUGAUAAGAAGCAGGAGGAGAGAGAGUGGGUACUCGGACAGUUCCGUGACAGUCGUAUGAACAUAUUGAUAGCAACUGAUGUUGCUGCUCGAGGAUUAGAUAUUACGGACGUAAGGUACGUGAUCAACUACGACUUCCCUCAAAGUUGCGAGGAUUAUGUCCACAGAGUAGGCCGAACCGCCAGAGGUGACGACGUCGGUACUAGCUACACAUUCAUGACUAACAAAGAUGGCAAGAUGGUGAAGAGCCUGAUAGAAAUCUUAGAAGAGUCCGGUCAGAAGGUCCCUGAGGAUCUGCGGACACUGGCCCAAACAAGUGGCAGAUUCGGCGGUCGUGGCGAAAAGAGGAAGUUUGGCGGCGGAGGUGGAGAUAGAUUUGCCAAAAGAGGAAGAGGCUUUGGAAGUUCAGCCAGAGGUGGAUCCAGUGGUGGACGUGGUGGUUAUGGUGGCAGCAGCGGCGGCGGCGCCAGGACCGGCGGAAGUUACGGUGGCUCUCGUGGUGGAUAUGGCGGCGGUGGCGGCUACUAAACUUUCAUCAUCUCCACUGAAUUGUGAACUGACCAUCGGAUAGUACUACCACCUGACACUGUUGGAAUUGAGUAAACAGCUUUUUAAUUGUUUUAUUUGUUUAUCUUUUCUCAUUUCGGAAACUGCCGUUAAAUCUGUUCAUCAUUUGCUGUUUAUUGUGGUGAUGCUCAUGCUGUGCUCAACUCUGUGCAUUUAACAUUAAACCAGCGAUUAACAGCGUAUCAGAUAAAAGCAGAAAGAUGGAUAUUAACUCCCUGUAUAAUAUUAUUCUGAAUUGAAUUGUCUAUUUUGUUACUUGUUCGACAAAAUUAUGUAUUGGCUAAAA